AUGAUGUCGUUCGGCAGCGAGCGGGCUUCCCUGGCAGUUCAGUUAAAUCUUCUGGACGCUCUCAAUCCCGCCCCCGGAUCUCACCCUUUCGAUCGGGCCCUGCCGCCCAUCGGACGGUUGCCUCCGGAGAUCUUAAUCGCCAUCUUCGCCAAACUGAGUUCGCCAGCCGAUAUGAUGAGCUGUAUGCUGGUCUGCAGAGGAUGGGCGGCAAACUGCGUGGCGAUCUUGUGGCACCGGCCAUCGUGCAACAGCUGGGACAACAUGAAGAGCAUCAGCACCACUGUGGGCAAGCCAAACAGCUUCUUUCCUUACUCGGACUUAAUCAAGAGACUGAACCUGUCCGCUCUCUCGGGCGACGUCAGCGAUGGAACGGUCAUGACCUUUGCUCAGUGCAACCGGAUCGAGCGAUUGACGCUGACCAACUGCUCCAAACUGUCGGACACCGGCGUGUCAGACCUGGUGGAAGGGAAUCGCCAUCUACAAGCGUUAGAUGUGUCGGACUUGGGGCAUCUCACCGACCACACUCUGUACACGGUGGCUAGAAACUGUCCCCGGCUCCAGGGGCUCAAUAUCACGAACUGCACCAAGGUGACGGACGACUCCUUGCUUGUCGUGUCUCGUAAUUGCCGACAGAUCAAACGGUUAAAACUGAACGGAGUCGCGCAAGUCACGGACAAAUCCAUUCUGUCGUUCGCUCAGAGCUGCCCGGCCAUCCUGGAGAUUGACCUUCAUGACUGCAAGCUCGUCACCAACAAGUCGAUAACUGCCUUGAUGGCGACACUGAAUAAUCUCCGUGAGCUACGACUGGCCCACUGCACCGAACUCGACGAUAUGGCGUUCCUGGAGCUGGCACCGCAUAUUACUUUGGACAGCUUGCGCAUUCUGGACUUGACAUCCUGCGAGAAUGUCAGAGACGCUGCCGUUGAGCGUAUUGUGGCAUCGGCGCCGCGCUUACGGAACCUAGUGCUCGCAAAGUGUCGGCUUAUCACGGAUCGCGCAGUCUGGGCCAUUUGCAAGCUCGGCAAGAAUCUGCACUACGUCCACUUGGGACACUGCUCCAACAUCUCCGAUGCAGCCGUGAUGCACUUGGUCAAGUCCUGCAACCGUAUCCGGUAUAUCGACCUGGCGUGCUGUACCCGUCUCACGGACGCAAGUGUGCAGCAGCUGGCUACGUUACCCAAACUACGGCGUAUCGGCUUGGUCAAGUGUGCCAACAUCACGGACAACAGCAUUCUAGCCUUGGCGGGUCCCAAGGCUUCCCAUCACUCCGCAGGAAUCAGUAGUCUAGAGCGGGUGCAUCUCAGUUACUGCACUUUCCUCACCCUCAGAGGAAUCCAUGCACUUGUCAACAGCUGUCCUCGUCUGACACACCUCAGUCUGACGGGGGUCCAGGAGUUCUAUGCGCGAAAAGAAUUGACCGAGUUUUGCCGCGAGGCGCCUCCCGAGUUCACACCCCAACAGCGCGACGUGUUCUGUGUAUUCAGCGGCGAUGGCGUGAACCACUUGCCGACCAUGUAUGAUGACGACGAGGAACUGGACGAGGAUGAGGGCCAGGUGACUGGCCUGAUGCGCGCAACGGCGGCCACGGCGAUUAACGACGACGAUUACAUUGACAUUGGACAUACACCCAGUUGA